AUGCCGAACGUAAAACACGAAGGUAUGAAGCGCAAAUCUGAAGAUCAAAACACGCAGCCUUCUCCAAAGAGGAUAAAAUCGUCGGAAUCUCCAGAGGAUCAAAAGAAGACCAAGGCCUUUUUUAGAGAAUCAAACGCCGUUCUCGAAGAAUUUCAUGGUGAUAUCGAGUUUCGCGUGGUCAAUAAUGAUAAUUCCAGGGAAAGCACAAUUAUCUUGACCGGCCUCAAGAACAUCUUCCAAAAACAGUUGCCGAAAAUGCCUAGGGAUUACAUUGCGCGGCUGGUCUACGACCGGACUCAUCUAUCCAUGGCCAUCGUCAAAAGGCCUUUGGAGGUAGUGGGAGGCAUCACAUAUCGGCCUUUCAAGGGCAGACAAUUCGCAGAAAUUGUGUUUUGUGCCAUUUCGUCGGAUCAACAAGUCAGGGGCUAUGGCGCCCAUCUCAUGUCUCAUUUAAAGGACUAUGUUAAAGCUACUUCAGACGUGAUGCAUUUCCUUACCUACGCCGACAAUUAUGCCAUUGGAUACUUUAAAAAGCAAGGUUUUACAAAAGAAAUUACACUUGACAAACAAAAGUGGAUGGGAUACAUCAAAGAUUAUGAAGGCGGCACAAUCAUGCAGUGUUCUAUGAUACCGAGAAUCCGAUAUUUGGAGGCAUCGAGGAUGUUAGCAAAACAAAAGGAAGCUGUUCAUGCCAAAACUAGAGCUAUCUCAAAGUCUCACAUCGUCCAUGUACCGCCAAAGGCAUUCAAAAAUGGCCCAUGUAAAAUCGACCCAACCUCGAUUCCUGCAAUUAAAGAGGCGGGGUGGUCACCUGAAAUGGAUGAACUGGCUAGACAACCAAAGCAUGGCCCGCACUAUGCCCAACUCCUCCAUCUACUUAACGAGAUGCAGAACCAUCAGUCGGCUUGGCCCUUCCAGAAACCGGUCAGUCAGGAUGAGGUACCCGAUUAUUACAACGUAAUUACAGAGCCAAUGGAUCUAGAAACGAUGGAAAAGCGACUCGAAGAAGACGCAUACUCUUCCCCCGAAGAAUUUAUACGAGAUGCGAAAUUAAUUUACAACAAUUGCAGACGAUACAAUAACGAAAGCACAUCAUACUGGAAGAACGCAAACAAACUGGAAAAGUUUAUGAACCAAAAGCUGAAGGAAAUACCGGAGUGGUCGCACCUUGUUGAAUGA